UACCCCUAACACAUGCGUACGUAGCCUUGCGGCUGACUGGCGGCCUUGGUUGACGUCGAAAGUUGAUUACUGCACGUACAGAGGUGAUGCCCCCAGACAUUUGAUCCUGAGCGGCGACUCUUUUGGUCAAAACGAUGACUAGACGCUUUCUGUCCGGCCCUGGUCAACUGCAACACCACCAAGAUGGCGACUACAAACGGGAACAGUCCGAGUUGUGAGGGAGGGGCAUGUCCGAAACAAGGAGAAGCUGACGCGUCCGACAGCCAGAAUUCCAAGCAAGAUGCUGUUGAAAUCCAGCUGACAGAUAAGGUGAUCUUGAUGAACCCUGAGAUGGCUGUGAGGACCAUUAAGUCUGCCGACGCGGCUCAGAUGUCCGCGGAGGACGUCCAGUACGCCCUGGGAGCAGACUUUCACCGCGGUCUCACCCACGAGGAGGCCGCCAGGAGACGGCAGAUCCACGGCCAUAAUGACUUUGAGAUUAACGAGGAUGAGCCUCUAUGGAAGAAAUAUCUUGGGCAGUUCAAAGACCCACUGAUAAUGCUGCUGCUUGCUUCAGCGUUCAUCUCCAUCUGUAUGAGACAGUUUGAUGAUGCAGUCAGUAUCACAGUGGCAAUCAUCAUUGUAGUAACAGUUGCCUUUGUACAGGAGUACCGGUCAGAGAAAUCACUGGAGGAGCUGACCAAGCUGAUGCCACCAUCUUGUCAUUGUGUGCGUGAAGAAAAGCUGAAAGUUUUUCUGGCACGAGACCUGGUCCCUGGUGACACUGUGCACCUCUCAGUAGGAGACAGGGUGCCUGCUGAUGUCAGAUUAUUUGAAGCUGUGGACCUGCAGAUAGAUGAGUCCAGUUUUACAGGAGAGACAGAGCCCAGUACCAAGUUCACAUUCCCACAGAAACUGGCUGGUAACUUAGGCGUGGCUAACAAGAAGAACAUUGCCUUCAUGGGUACUCUUGUGAGGUGUGGGAGGGGGAAGGGAAUAGUUAUAGGGAUUGGGGAGAACUCAGAAUUUGGGGAAAUCUUUAAGAUGAUGCAGGGAGAAGAGGCUCCAAAGACACCUCUUCAGAAGAACAUGGGUUUGCUGGGAAAGCAGUUGUCCUUCUAUUCUUUCUGUAUAAUUGGUUUGAUCAUGCUGCUCGGCUGGCUCCAGGGCAGAAAGAUGCUGGACAUGUUUACAGUGGGAGUCAGUUUGGCAGUGGCUGCCAUUCCUGAAGGUCUGCCAAUCGUGGUCACAGUCACACUGGCCCUGGGAGUCAUGCGCAUGGCCAAGAGAAAUGCCAUUGUCAAGAAACUGCCUAUUGUGGAAACUUUAGGCUGUGUAAACGUGAUCUGUUCAGACAAGACUGGGACCCUGACCAAGAAUGAGAUGACUGUCACCUCUGUAGUCACUGCUGAUGGAAUUAUAGCGGAGGUGACAGGAGUGGGGUAUAACUCAGAAGGCAUGGUGUAUGUGGAGGGUGCUGAAGCUGACAGACACCUACACGCAUCAAUAUGGCAGAUUGCAGAGGUUGGUUGUUUGUGCAAUAAUGCUGAGAUCAGGAAAGAGCAGCUCCUGGGGCAGCCAACAGAGGGCGCUCUUGUGGCAUUUGGCAUGAAGCUGGGUUUGUUCAGAGUCCAGUCCCACUAUAACAGGCUGGAUGAAAUCCCCUUCAGCUCAGAGAAGAAGUGGAUGGCUGUGAAGUGUGCUCCACGGAACAAGGAGGUAUUGAGUCACUCCAGGUUCAGCAGGUUACAAGUGAAGGAGACUGAGGAAUACUUCAUGAAAGGUGCCAUAGAGCAGGUGUUACAGCAGUGUGCGACCUACAACAGCCGGGGUACAGCCAUCCCUCUCACUGAGAAACAGCUGGCAGAGUACUACCACAACGCACAGCUCAUGGGCAGGGCUGGCCUCAGAGUUCUGGGGAUGGCGAGAGGCCCGGCCCUGGGGAAGCUGACGUUUGUGGGGAUGGUGGGCAUCAUCGACCCUCCCCGUCCUGGAGUGGCAGAGUCCAUACGGACCCUACAGGGGGGAGGGGUGCACAUCAAGAUGGUGACUGGAGACUCGGAGGACACGGCAGUCGCUAUUGGCAGCAGACUCGGUCUGUAUGCCCAUGGCAGCCAGGCCAUGUCUGGGGAGGAGAUAGAGAAGAUUGACAUCAUGGAGCUGUCACACAGGAUUCACUCAGUCUCAGUGUUCUACAGAACAAGCCCAAGACACAAGCUGAAGAUUGUCAAGGCUGUCCAAGCUAAUGGAGACAUCGUGUGUAUGACUGGAGAUGGGGUGAACGAUGCAGUGGCCCUGAAGACAGCUGACAUUGGGGUGGCCAUGGGGAAGGUGGGGACAGAUGUCUGUAAGGAGGCAGCCGACAUGAUCUUAGUGGAUGACGACUUCUUCACUAUCAUGUCUGCAAUUGAAGAGGGGAAGAGCAUCUUCUACAACAUCAAGAACUUUGUGAGAUUCCAGCUCAGCACGAGUAUAGCAGCCCUGUCUCUGAUAGCCCUGUCCACAAUGAGUGGUCUGCCUAACCCUCUCAACGCCAUGCAGAUCCUCUGGAUCAACAUCAUCAUGGACGGACCUCCUGCUCAAAGUCUGGGAGUGGAGCCUGUAGACAAGGACGUUGUGAGGAAACCUCCUCGAGGUGUCAAAGACUCCAUCAUCACCAGGUCUCUCCUAGGGAACAUCCUCAUGUCAGCUAUUAUCAUCGUCUGUGGGACUCUCUGGGUCUUCCACAGAGAGAUGAUGGACAACAUCAUCACCCCACGGGACACAACCAUGACCUUCACCUGCUUUGUGUUCUUUGACAUGUUCAACGCCCUCAGCUCCAGAUCACAGACUAAGUCCAUUUUUAAGAUAGGUCUGUUCACCAACCGUGUGUUCCUGUAUGCUGUUGGAGGCUCCAUUAUUGGCCAGCUGUUAGUCAUCUACUUCCCACCCCUACAGAGGGUGUUCCAAACGGAGGCACUCAGAUUUGAAGAUAUUGUUCUCCUGGUGGCACUUACCUCAACAGUCUUCAUCGCAUCAGAAGUUAAAAAACUGAUCCAAAAUGUACAGACCAAACCGUACGACCAAGUCAAGAUUGAUGAGUUUGAUUAUGUAUGACACAGCAGCAUGCUGGGAGCUGGGGCCAAUGGUCUUUGUUUAUAAUCAUACACCAAUGAGCAUUUUACAUAAGAUGGGAGAAGGCCAGUUUAGUUUUCUCUUCGUGUACUUAAAAAGUUAGAGUUCAUGUGCACUUAACUACCUAAUUGUACUGUCCGUUAUUCCACGAGAUUCUUGUGAAAUUAAAGUAAAGCUGCACUGAAACAGAUUUGUAAUGACUAUAUAGUGAUUGCACUAAGCUGAAGAUGAGCUUUUUAUAGUAUCGUGAUUUUGUUUUUCAUUUCCACUCUGACCAAAAAUGCCUUCUACUUAAUGUGUUGACCUUGCACAUAUCAGUAUGUAAUAUGCCUCUAACGUGUAUUAAUUAUUUGUACCAUUGUGUUUUAUACUUACAUGUACAGGUUGUUUUACAACAUUAAUUGUUCUCUAUGAUGAGUGACAUGAGUACAUGUGAUUAUUUGUUAAGAGAUUAUGUGGAGUAUUAAUAGUUUAUCCAGUGCUGUUUUUAAUUGUGCACUCUUCAUGUAAAAAAGUUUAUUAGAUUACAUGUACUUCAUUUUUGUGAAGAUAUCAAAAGGACAUAUAAAUUUGACAAAAAAUGAUCACAAGUUUAUUUUGUCCUAAUACAGAAAUCGUGAAUUUGGUUGUCACUUAUUAAGUGGACUUUUUCAUGAUGUGAGUGCAGCAAAAGUAACAUCACAGCCUUCAAUAACAAGUGUAAGGUAAUUGAAGAUCUGGUAAUGUGAAAUGUAGGGUCCUGCGGCUUAGCAGUAGCAUGUUUGGCUCAGGACCAAGAGGUCCCUUGGGAAAGGCACUUCACAUUACUUUCCUCACUCCACCCAGUUGUAAAAUGGGUACUUGACUUCGGUUGGAGAGGUAAAAGACGGAAGUUGAGGGGAUAGGCACUGCCUUUCAAUACCAUGCCCAAGAGACAGUGGUUUAACAAUCCACUGCCCCUACGGCCUGAAAAAGGACUAUGGGACUACCUUCACAUUUACCUUUAAUGUGACAUGUAUUACUGGUAUACUAUAGAUGGGCAUCCAUGGUGUCAGGUGUUGUUCAGUUUGUGGACCUUGUAUGUCUGUAGGUGACAUACAUGUAAGUGUUAAUAGGACUGCUCCAUUUUAAAGAUUAUGAAGGACGAAACCUUUUUUUAAAGAAUAGGUGAAAGCCCAAGAUCUCAUUGUUCAUAAAAGUUGACUGAAAGUAGGGUGAAAAUGUUCCUAUCUGCUGUCUUCUAUUUUGAGAUUUCAAUAUGGACGAGUCCAAAGAGAUUACAGUAUAUUGUGCACUGUGUUACAAACAUACACAAAUGAAGUGUUAUUGUAAAAGGUGACAUGUUAUGAUGUACUUAUGUUGAUUCAGAGUAUUUGCAAUGAUUACUGUUUGUUCAUCUGUAAAGUAAUGGACCAGAGUAGUUUGGUGCAUCAUGAGGUGGAACAAACAAAAAGAAAGUUCUUUUACAACAUUGCCAACAUCUUGUGAUAGGAAAAGCACUGAAUAAAAGUUGUAUUUAAAUAA